GAGGAAACUUUGCAAAGUCAGUACGUGGUGCAGCUAGGGGUAGCUGUGGCGCUCUUGGCGUCUAGACGUGAAGGGCCUCUUGGGUUCUUUCUCCUGCAACCAGACUUUCGAACAGUUCCUAGAUCAGCCAUCUCUCAGCAGGGGUUUGUUUCCACCUUGAUCAAGUCAAAUGCCUCGGUUGUGGAGAGACUGCCCUUCGAAGAAGUGCUCGCGAGGUGCUCGCCACCUGCGCGCUGCAAUUGACACCUUCUACAGUCAGUGGUGAUUGUUCCUGACUAUCUCCAUCAGAGCCCAGUUGACACCCUGCUAGCUGGGACGUUGCAGCUUCAAUUGCGCAAUUAGGGUUACAGAAGAUUGCUGCCAAGAUGGGGGGCGGGCCCCGAUGGCAGGAGUAUGCCAAGGCCCUCCAGGAGUCGGACAGGCCCAUUUUUUUGAACCAGAGGCUGCCCUUGAAGUUUUACUACCGGACCGCAAACGGUCUGCUCAAGCAGGCUGCGGUGUAUCGGUACGAGCAGAACCUGCCAGAGUUGUACGUCAUGCUCAUGCGCUUUGCAAAUAUGGUCGCGGAUACAAUUUCGAAGCACGAUGAUUACAACAGCGCCGGCUACUCCAAAGAGAAGGUGGACUUCAGAAAGAUUCUCCUCAAGGAGGUACUCCCUGAGCUGGAGCGCCUGAAGCCGGACCUCAAGCGCAAGAUGGAGGAGCUGAAGAAUGAGGAGCGCCGCCUCAAAAGCUGGCCGGGGCAGCGGCCCGAGCGGAGAGACCCUUAUGCUUGGCCGCCUGUCGCUUUGGACUCGUCAACAGACGACGAUCCGCCAAUCUAUCUUCCAAGUCCCCCACCCAACGGUCGACCAGCUGGCGCAUACGUCUCCCGUCCUCCCUCCGGCCAGAUGGACCUCCUUACGGGAACCGUCCCGAGCUACACCGGCUACUCGGCCAGCACGUCCACCAGUUACGCACCAAACUACGCUAGUUUCACCCCCAGCUACUCUUCCAUGUCCACCUCCACGUCAUACAGCUCGUACCUCCCCGCCCGUGAAGAAACGCUCUCGCGGCACUCCUUCCUUGGGCUGCCCGCCCAGAGGCAGCGACCGCAUCACGAAGUACUGCCACAAAAGGUGUCAUACCCCAGUGCGAUUGAUUCGUCCCCAGUGACUGUCCCCGACCUGUUAAACCUCCGCCUGGAGGAGCGGCCGUCGUCCUCGGGGUCCUCUACCCCGAGUGUUAUGGAGCUGCAACAACCCAAGCCCGCCCUGCCCCUCGACAUGGCCCCCGAGGUCCCCCUCACCCCCCAGCCCCAGCCCCCCCCCGGUAGACCGUCCCCGUGCACGCGGCUCCAGAUCGCGCAGCCCGUCGACUCCCCCCAGCCGUCCCCCCACGACGUGGCCGACCCCCGGCCCGGGCCCCCCGUCGAGUUUGACGACCUCAAGGGGCCCAAGCCGGUGCACUUUUCGCACCGCAUCCUGGAAGAGUUCCUCAGGGUGGCCCAGGCGAACACGCGCAAGAACCUGGAGACGUGCGCGGUGUUGGCAGGCACGCUGUCGCGGGGCGUGUUCACGAUCAGCACGCUGGUGGUGCCCAAGCAGGAGGCCACCAGCGACUCGUGCAGCACCAUCAACGAGGAGGAGAUCUUUGAGGCGCAAGACGCGCGCGGGCUGUUCCAGCUGGGCUGGAUCCACACGCACCCCACGCAGACCUGCUUCAUGUCCUCCAUCGACCUGCACACGCACUACUCGUACCAGGUGAUGUCCCCAGAGGCUAUCGCCAUAGUUUGCGCCCCCACAGAUAGUCAACGAAAGUACGGCGUUUUUAGGCUGUCGGACCCGGGGGGCUUGAAAGUGGUUGGGAACUGUCAACGGCGGGGUUUUCACCCUCACGACAACCCCCCCGACGGGAGCCCAAUCUACGAACAGGCGGGGCAUGUGAAGAUGGACGCGCAACUAGGAGUGGAGGUCCUCGAUCUCAGAUGACGGCAGGGGCAUCCCCGUGUUGUCCUCUCAUUGUAUCUUAUAUAGACUCGGUCGCAUACUUAAUAUUUUGACACCUAUAAUGGACGAUUGAAGUGCACAGGUUUUGGACACAGAAGCUGGCCUUGACCAAGGCACAACGAAGAGAAAGGUCGUGAGGUCGAUCAGGAGGGAGUGCAUGAUGCGUUUGCAGGGCCAAAGAGGUCUGCUUAACGACGAUUGUCAUAUGCAUCAACAGACUCGUUCAGCACAUGCUAAGGCACGUAUACAGGCCGG